AUACCCACAUCUCUAAAGUGUCAAGAAAUAUCUUCCAGGCCAACAGCUAUCCUCACUCCUUUGUGAGCUGCAACCAGAUCCCAAAGCUGGACCUCAGAGCUUGGAAGUCAAAGAAGAUGGAAGAAAGUACAGAGUAAGAUGUAUCCUGCGUUCAGAUUCUUUUGCAAGAUGUGCUUCUAUAAGCUGUGGGUCUUCACCAUAAGCCUUCUGGUUAUUACCGCCAGUAUUCCUCGUGGACGUAACUGUGAAAACAUGAAGUUUUUGAGCAUGUCAUUUCUGCCACUCAAAUACAUCUUCGGUAUCAAGAUAGUGGUGAAGGGCAAGGAGAACCUCAGGACCAAGAAGCCUUUUGUACUAGUGUUGAAUCACCAGACCUCCCUUGACAUUAUGGUGAUGAUGGAGAUACUGCCAAGUCGCUGUGUGGCCAUUGCAAAGAAGGAAAUACUAUACAUGGGCACUUUUGGCCUAGCAUGCUGGCUUGCAGGAAUCAUUUUCAUUGACCGCAAGAAGAGGGAAGAGUCUAUCGCUACUUUGACAGAGGUGGCACACUCCAUGCACAAAGACAAUUUCCGUGUCUUGAUCUUCCCUGAGGGAACUCGCAAUCAUAGUGGCUCCAUGUUGCCCUUCAAACGUGGGGCCUUCCAGCUGGCUGUGAAAGCCCAGGUUCCCAUUAUUCCUGUGGUGAUCUCAUCCUACAAUGACUUCUACAGCCAGAAGGAGAAGAGAUUCACUCCAGGGAAAAUCACCAUCCAGAUCCUGCCAGAAGUCAAGACUCUUGGUCAAGGCCCAGAAGAUGUUCCCAAGCUCACUGAGCAGGUCCGUGAUUCCAUGAUCACCACCUAUCAGGGGAUAUCAGGAAUGACGAAUGGGUCUUCACAUUAGUGAUCCAGGAACCACAAAAAGGUCUGGAAACAGAAACAACCAUGACUGCAACACUGAUACACCAGAGACAGGCCAAAUGUCCACAGAGGAAGAAAAACUUUUACAUAGAAGUAGUGAAAUGGUUGUGUUCCUUUCAGAGAACUGUGCUGCCUCAGCUCUGUGGACAGACACAUAAUGGAUAACAGGACAAUUCUUCGUAAUCAUAACCCUGAGAACAUCUCUCUGGCUGGACCCCAGACAGAGCUAGACCUUUCCUGUGAUCAUCUCUGUGUGCUUAUGAUUACCUUUUCCUGUUCAAAACCAACAAGGUGGAGGCAUUUAUCCCUGAACCUAUGGCCAUCCUGCCUGGGUGUCUUGGGGUUAGAAGGUUACCACGAUCCCCUGGCAAGAACAUGCAGGGGAAAGCACUGUCUCCUACCAUGGGGAGGACUUGGGAGUUACCUCUGCCACAAGAGGUGGAAGCCAACACAGUUUAUUAUAGGGGAAUUAAAGACCAACGCAUUCUUUAUGUGUGUCUGCAGGGGUCAGUGUUUUCUGUUUUUUUUUUGUGUGUGUGUGUUUCUUUUUCUUUUCUUUUCUUUUCUUUUCUU